AAAAAAACUAAAAUAAUUAUCUUGAUCUGGAGCUUUCGUGAGUGCAGGGAUUCAUACUCUUUGGUUCUUGCGGUAAAGUCACGUAGAAAGAAAACAUUAAUUAAGUAAUAGCAUACGACGUUUCCUUUGCAACACGAGCAAUCACCAUCAGGUACAAAUGAAUGAGAAAGAAAAGCUUGUAAACUUAGAACUAUAUUCUUUGGUUCUUUCGGUAAAGUUACGUAGGUAUAAAAUAAACUUAGAACGACAAUGCAAUACAACACAACACAGCGAGUCGGUUAAUAUAACAGUCAACACCCCACCUAGUUUAUUAACGUUCUUCCAAAAAUUGCAAAAUUUGAGAGAGAACUUAACACAUACACGGAGACACACAGACACACAAGCAGAGAGAGAUAACACAGACACAGAGAGAGAGACACCAAUAAGCAGAGAGAUAACACAGAGACAGAGGCACACAGAGAGAGACACAUAGGCACACAGAGAGAGACACAGAGAGAUAACACAGAGACACACAGAGAUACACACAUAGACACAGAGAGACACACGUAGGCACACACAGAAACAACACCUCUGUGACAAGGCCUUGCAUAGAGAGAGAAGGGGGCUGAGAGAGAGGGGGGUAGAGAAAUGAGUAUGGCAAUGAGAGAUUUGGAGCUUUCGUGACUGCAGGAAAUACUACAACACGAGGACACUUUCGGUUUUUAUUUUUUGUAACCAGGCCAAGCCCACUUGAGCUGCUGUACCGCUCUUAUGAUUUGAAGCUUUCGUGAGUGCAGGAAUCCAUACUCUUUGGUUCUUUCGGUAAAGUCACGUAGGAAGAAAAAAUAAAUUAAGUAAUAGCAUACGACGUUUCCUUUGCAACACAAGCAAUCACCAUCAGGUACAAAUGAAUGAGAAAGCAAAGCUUGUAAACUUGAACUAUACUCUUUGGUUCUUUCGGUAAAGUUACGUAGGUAUAAAAUUAAAUAAACUUAGAACUACAAUGCAAUACAACACAGAGAGUCGGCUAACAUAACAGUCAACACCCCACCUGGUUUAUUAAAGUUCUUCCAAAGAUUGCUAAAUUUGAGAGAGAGAACUAAACACAGACACGGAGACACAGAGAGAGACACACAUAAGCAGAGAGAUAACACAGACAGAGAGAGACACACACAGGCACACAGAGUGAGACACACAUAGGCACACAAAGAGAGAGAGAGACACACGCACACACACGUAGGUACACAGAGAGAUAACACAAAGACAGACACACAGGCACACAGAGAGAGACACAAAGAGAGAGAGAGCCACAGGCACACAGAGAUAAGAGACAGAGAGAGAGACGCAUAGACACACACACAUAGGCACACAGAGGGCGACACACAUAGGCACACAGAAAGAGACACACCGAGAGAGAGACACGCAGAGAGAGAGACACACACAUGGACACAGAUAGAGACAGAGAGAGACACAGAGGCACACAGAGAGAGAUAACACAGACACAGAGACACACACGUAGGCACACACAGAAACAACACCUGUGUUGAGGACUUAAAUAGAGAGAAAAGGGGGCUGAGAGAGAGGGGGGGUAGAGAAAUUAGCAUGGCAAUGAGAGAUUUGGAGCUUUCGUGACUGCAGGAAAUACUACAACACGAGGACACUUUAAGUUUUUAUUUUAUGUAACCAGGCCAAGCCCGCUUGAGCUGCUAUACCGCUCUUAUGAUUUGAAGCUUUCGUGAGUGCAGGAAUCCAUAUUCUUUGAUUCUUUCAGUAGAGUCACGUAGGUAGAAAAUUAAAUAAAUCACGACGUUUUGGGCGCAACACAAGCGUCCACUCUUGUUUUCCGAAGCGACCUGCCCGCACAACAAAGGCCGUGGAUUCAUUCAAGACAAGAGUCCAAGUCUCGGGCGAAGCCAGCUGUCGCUUGCUCUGAAGCUUCCUCUGCAGAAUUGGUCUGAUGGAGCACAGGCAGUCAGCGCGGCUCGGUACGGCAAGGCAACAAUGGGACCAGCGUGCAUACAGCACGGAUCGGACUGGAAGUUUGACACAGCACCAGAAAAAACACACGGGAGAGAAACCCUUCAAGUGCACUCUGUGUGAGAUGGCGUUUGCAGGUUUAUCAACUCUUCAAAGACACGAGAGAACACACACGGGAGAGAAACCCUUCAAGUGCACUCUGUGUGAGAUGGCAUUUGCAGAUUCAUCAAAUCUUCAAAGACACCAGAGAAAACACACGGGAAAGAAACCCUUCAAGUGCAGUGUGUGUGGGAAGGCAUUUUCACAGUCAGGAAAUCUUGCACAACACCAGAGAAAACACACAGGAGAGAAACCCUUCAAGUGCAGUGUGUGUGGGAAGGCAUUUUCACAGCCAUCUGGUCUUGCAAAACACCAGAGAACACACACAGGAGAGAAACCCUUCAAGUGCAGUGUGUGUGGGAAGGCAUUAUUACAUUCAUCUGAUCUUGCAAUACACCAGAGAACACACACAGGAGAGAAACCCUUCAAGUGCAGUGUGUGUGGGAAGGCAUUUUCACAUUCAUCUGAUCUUACAAUACACCAGAGAACACACACAGGAGUGAAACCCUUCAAGUGCAGUGUGUGUGGGAAGGCAUUUACACAUUCAUCUGCUCUUAGAAAACACCAGAGAACACACACAGGAGUGAAACCCUUCAAGUGCAGUGUGUGUGGAAUGGCGUUUGCAGGUCGAUCACAUUGUCAAAUGCACCAGAGAACACACACAGGAGAGAAACCCUUCAAGUGCAUUCUGUGCGGGAAGGCGUUUGCACGGUCACAAGGUCUUCAAGAACACCAGAGAACACAAAUGCAUCAGAAAAUCCACAAGGAGUGGAGUUUGAAAAGAGCUUGUGAAAGUCAAAGUGCCGUAAGUAGCCCAUCCCUCAUGAAACAAGUACCGGAAGAAAAUCCCAGCUUGGGCACUUUUAAAGGUAUCAAGGCGGAAUUUGAAGACGUGAUUGUGAAAUGUGAAGAGGUGACGGUGAAGAGCGAAGAAGUGAAGGUAAAAUGUGAAGAUGAAGACUCUACUCCAAAAUGGGACCUUCACAUCGAUGGAGGCAACGUGAAGCAGGAGGGGAAUUCUGACUGUGAAGCAGAGCGAGGCAACUUGCAGCAGUAUGUGGAAGUGGAGGUGUGGGUGGACUUCCUAGAUAAUACAAAGUCAAAUGGAGAUUCGUUAGAUCGAAGCUCCGCAAAUUUGGAGAUUUUGACUAUAAUCUCACGCAGUGUGCAUGCUGACGUCACACAUCUCCCACCCUCCGCGUUGGCCGUGGAUUCAUUCAAGACAAGAAUCCAAGUCUCGGACGAAGCCAGAAUUGGUCUGAUGGAGCACAGGCAGUCAGCGCGGCUCGGUACGGCAAGGCAACAAUCCGACCAGCGUGCAUACAGCACGGAUCGGACUGAAAUUUUGACACAGCAUCAGAAAAAACACACGGGAGAAAAACCCUUCAAGUGCACUCGGUGUGAUAUGGCGUUUGCAGAUUCAUCAACUCUUCAAAGACACCAGAGAAAACACACGGGAGAGAAACCCUUCAAGUGCAUUGUGUGUGGGAAGGCAUUUUCACAGUCAUCUAAUCUUGCAAAACACAAGAGAACACACACAGAAGAGAAAUCCUUCAAGUGCAGUGUGUGUGGGAAGGCAUUUUCACAGUCACAAUAUCUUGCACGACACCAGAGAACACACACAGGAGAGAAACCCUUCAAGUGCAGUGUGUGUGGGAAGGCAUUUUUACGGUCACAACAUCUUACAAUACACCAGAGAACACACACAGGAGAGAAACCCUUCAAGUGCACUCUGUGUGGGAAGGCAUUUUCACAGUCAUAUGAUCUUGCAAAACACCAGAGAACUCACACAGGAGAGAAACCCUUCAAGUGCAGUGUGUGUGAGAAGGCAUUUUUACAGUCACCACAUCUUGCAGCACACCAGAGAACACACACAGGAGUGAAACCCUUCAAGUGCAGUGUGUGUGGGAAGGCGUUUGCAGGUCCAUCAAAUUGUCAAAUACACCAGAGAACACACACAGGAGAGAAACCCUUCAAGUGCAGUGUGUGUGGCAAGGCAUUUUCACAGUCAUCUGAUCUUGCAAUACACCAGAGAACACACACAGGAGAGAAACCCUUCAAGUGCAGAGUGUGUGGGAAGGCAUUUUCACAGUCCUCAAAUCUUGCAACACACAGGAGAACACACACAGGAGAGAAACCCUUCAAGUGCAGUGUGUGUGGGAAGGCAUUUUUACAGUUGCAACAAAUUGCACAACACCAGAGAACACACACCGGAGAGAAACCCUUCAAGUGCAGUGUGUGUGGGAAGGCAUUUUCACAGUUACAACAUCUUGCACGACACCAGAGAACACACACAGGAGAGAAACCCUUCAAGUGCAGUGUGUGUGGGAAGGCAUUUUCAGAGUCAAGUGAUCUUGCAAAACACCAGGGAACACACACAGGAGAGAAACCCUUCAAGUGCAGUGUGUGUGGGAAGGCAUUUUCAGAGUCAAGUGAUCUUGCAAAACACCAGAGAACACACACAGGAGAGAGACCCUUCAAGUGCAGUGUGUGUGGGAAGGCAUUUUCAUACUCAUCUGUUCUUGCAAGACACCAGAGAACACACACAGGAGAGAAACCCUUCAGGUGCACUUUGUGCGGGAAGGCGUUUGCACGUUCACAACAUCUUCAAGAACACCAGAGAACACAGAAGCAUCAGAAGAUCCACAAGGAGUGGAGUCUGAAAUCAGCUUGUGAAAGUCAAAGUGCCGUAAGGAGCCCAUCCCUCAUGAAACAAGUACCGGAAGAAAAUCCCAGUUUGGGCACUUUAAAAGGUGUCAAGGCGGAAUUUGAAGAGGUGAUUGUGAAAUGUGAAGAGGUGACGUUGAAGAGCGAAGAAGUGAAGGUAAAAUGUGAAGAUGAAAAUUCGACUCCAGAAUGGGACCUUCACAUCGGUGGAGGCAACGUGAAGCAAGAGGGGAAUUCUGACUGUAAGGCAGAGCGGGGCAACUCACAGCAGUUUGUGGAAGUGGAGGUGUGGGUGGACUUCCUAGACAAUAUAAAGUCAAAUGGAGACCCGGUAGAUGUCAAGGGAAUUGGUCUGAUGGAGCACAGGCAGUCAGCGCGGCUCGGUACGGCAAGGCAACAAUCUGACCAGCGUGCAUACAGCACGGAUCGGACUGAAAUUUUGACACAGCACCAGAAAAAACACACGGGAGAAAAACCCUUCAAGUGCACUCGGUGUGAGAUGGCGUUUGCAGAUUCAUCAACUCUUCAAAGACACCAGAGAAAACACACGGGAGAGAAACCCUUCAAGUGCAUUGUGUGUGGGAAGGCAUUUUCACAGUCAUCUAAUCUUGCACGACACCAGAGAACACACACAGGAGAGAAACCCUUCAAGUGCAGUGUGUGUGGGAAGGCAUUUUUACGGUCACAACAUCUUGCAAUACACCAGAGAACACACACAGGAGAGAAACCCUUCAAGUGCACUCUGUGUGGGAAGGCAUUUUCACAGUCAUAUGAUCUUGCAAGACACCAGAGAACUCACACAGGAGAUAAACCCUUCAAGUGCAGUGUGUGUGAGAAGGCAUUUUUACGGUCACAACAUCUUGCAACACACCAGAGAACACACACAGGAGUGAAACCCUUCAAGUGCAGUGUGUGUGGGAAGGCAUUUUCAUACUCAUCUGUUCUUGCAAGACACCAGAGAACACACACAGGAGAGAAACCCUUCAAGUGCAGUGUGUGUGGGAAGGCAUUUUCACAGUCAUCUGAUCUUGCAAUACACCAGAGAACACACACAGGAGAGAAACCCUUCACGUGCAGAGUGUGUGGGAAGGCAUUUUCACAGUCCUCAAAUCUUGCAAAACACCAGAGAACACACACAGGAGAGAAACCCUUCAAGUGCAGUGUGUGUGGGAAGGCAUUUUCAGAGUCAAGUGAUCUUGCAAAACACCAGAGAACACACACAGGAGAGAAACCCUUCAAGUGCAGUGUGUGUGGCAAGGCAUUUUCACAGUCAUCUGAUCUUGCAAUACACCAGAGAACACACACAGGAGAGAAACCCUUCAAGUGCAGAGUGUGUGGGAAGGCAUUUUCACAGUCCUCAAAUCUUGCAACACACCGGAGAACACACACAGGAGAGAAACCCUUCAAGUGCAGUGUGUGUGGGAAGGCAUUUUCAUACUCAUCUGUUCUUGCAAGACACCAGAGAACACACACAGGAGAGAAACCCUUCAAGUGCAGAGUGUGUGGGAAGGCAUUUUCACAGUCCUCAAAUCUUGCAACACACCGGAGAACACACACAGGAGAGAAACCCUUCAAGUGCAGUGUGUGUGGGAAGGCAUUUUCAUACUCAUCUGUUCUUGCAAGACACCAGAGAACACACACAGGAGAGAAACCCUUCAGGUGCACUCUGUGCGGGAAGGCGUUUGCACGUUCACAACAUCUUCAAGAACACCAGAGAACACAGAAGCAUCAGAAGAUCCACAAGGAGUGGAGUCUGAAAUCAGCUUGUGAAAGUCAAAGUGCCGUAAGGAGCCCAUCCCUCAUGAAACAAGUACCGGAAGAAAAUCCCAGUUUGGGCACUUUAAAAGGUAUCAAGGCGGAAUUUGAAGAGGUGAUUGUGAAAUGUGAAGAGGUGACGUUGAAGAGCGAAGAAGUGAAGGUAAAAUGUGAAGAUGAAAAUUCGACUCCAGAAUGGGACCUUCACAUCGGUGGAGGCAACGUGAAGCAAGAGGGGAAUUCUGACUGUAAGGCAGAGCGAGGCAACUCACAGCAGUUUGUGGAAGUGGAGGUGUGGGUGGACUUCCUAGACAAUAUAAAGUCAAAUGGAGACCCGGUAGAUGUGUAAGCUUGAGACGAUGUCGCUUCCAAUAGAUGCACCUUUGUCACAGGCCUUUAAUGAAAAUAACGUGAAGUAGAACAUUGAAAUCUUAGGUUCAACCUGCAGGGUAAGAGCGGCCAGUCUUGGUGGAUCUGUUGGUUGGGUAGAUAUCUCACCAGGAGCUUCGGUGUUUACCACUGAACCCUAUGGGAGCCUUCAUCUGGCUCUUGUGAGCCUCAGCGAUUCACACUGAAGCCUAUGGGAGCCUUAGUCUUGCUCUGUGAGCCUCGGUAAUUAACAAUGAAUGCGAUGGAUGGGAGCCAGUGACAUGGCGUGAGGUCAGUGGCUGGGGAGGCACUGGGGGCGUGGCCUCACCGGUGUGUCUGACACGCCCACCCCCCUCAGUGAGGCAGAUGUGAUAGCUGCCUCCCCUGGUGCUUUUUCAUUGCAGUUUCAUGACGAGACCAGCGAGCCUACGUAUCUUUAUGCACAUACAGUAGAACCUCUGGUCGCGAAUGCUUCUGAUCACGACCAAAUUGGGUUUCGACCAAAACAUUUACAACAGUUUAUUUAAUCUGGUCACGAACACAUACUCGGGUGGAGAUCAAACAGGGCCGCGGCCGAUUUCUCCUUCCGCGCCAUUUUUGUUGUUGAAUUACACAAAGCGUAACAGUUAUGUAUAUAUCUUUUGUAAUAUAAAAUUCCUAGUAAGAUAUGUAUACAUUUUGUAAGUGUAGUCAUACCCCUCCUUCCUCAUUCAAGCCAUAGUUUAGAGAGCGAAAGCGCUGAGUACGUCAAUCGCUAACAUAAGAACCCGUUAAUCUCUUCUCGCAUUAAUACGAUGAUGCGGUGAAGUAAACGUUCAUACGAUAUUACGGUGAAUGCUUCCAAAAACAAUACUGUACUCAAAUAUUACUGUUAACUUUCAAUAGAAACAUAAAUUGCUCAUAUGAAUAUGCUCUCUCAGAAUCGACCGACUGAUGUAGCAGACGAAACAGUAAUCUUGUUGAACAAUUCUAAACCUUGUCAGUUUUCUCUGUUUUUCAAGGUUUUCUCAGUGUUAUGCAAUGUUUUUACAUUUAGUUUACUAUUACAAUGAAUUCUAUGGCAUAAUUAACUAUUUUUGUCCUUAAAAAUAUUUUAAAAACUUUAUAUACAGUUCGUAGGAGUCUGGAAUGGAUUAAUCGUAUUAACAUACAAUCCAAUGGGGAAAUUAGGUUUGAGUCACGACCAAAUCGGGUUGCGACCAAAGUUAUGGAACGAAUUAUGGUCGUGACCAGAGGUUCUACUGUACUUGAACUCAGUUACCUGGACUAUGGAAGGCGAGGACAUGCAAUGAAGGGGUCUACAAACAUUCCAUUGGUGACAUGCUGAGAUAGUAACAGGCAAGCCCUUACUGCCCGCGGUCCAUCCAGUGUCUGAGGGGAGGCUGAGCGUGUCGCUGCCUCACCUCUCGUCUCUCCCUGUACUUGCAGCGAAGCUCCGCAAAUUUGGCGAUUUUGACUAUAAAUAAAUAAUUAAGAAAAACACUUGCUUUUUCAUACGUGCUUUUAUGAAAUGUACUAGUAAUGGCAGAACUCCACGACUCCAGGAAAUGGCCCCGAAGCUUGCCAUAACGUAAGGGACAGUGGCCAAUUAUAGCCAACGUCAGUUGACUGUGGGGACAAUUAGACCGAAACAUAACAUAAAAACGAAUGUUUAAAAAUAUAUUUUUUUAAAUGAUAGAAUAUAGUAUUGUCAUCAGUAUGACAUAAGUAUACCAAGUUUGCAGUCGAUACCACAUUGGGAAGUUGGUUAAAAUUGAGUUACAAGAUUUGAGAAUACGACAAAAACGACAACAGACAGUUAAAAUUAAAUAUUUUAAAAUACUUUUUUUAAAAACACGCUUUAAUGAAAUGUACUGUCCGAGCUGCCCCUGCCCCCUUCUCUCAUCGCUCCUCUUCCACAUGCCCCGGCCCUGGGCGUGGCUCCCCAAGGCUUGCCGUGACGUAAGGGACCGCGGUGAUUUACAGGCAACGUCAGUUGAGCGUGGACAAUUAGAGCCGUAAAAAAGAUUGUAAAAAAAUAUUUAUUUAUUUUUAAUGAUAAAAUAUGGUAUUGUCAUCAGUAUGACACACCUAUACGAAUUUUGCAUUCGAUACAUUGGGAAUACGGUUGAAAUUGAGUUACAAGAUUUUUGGAUACAACACAUACAGUAAAUUUAAAUAAAAGCGUGUUAAAUGUAAAAAAAAAUCUAUGUUAUGGAUUUUGUAUGAUAUAAUAUCGUGUUGUCAUCAAUAUGACAUCGCUAUACCAAGUUUGCAGUCGAUAGCACAUUGGGAAGUGUGUAAAAUUUGAGUUAGAAGAUUUCGUUUUUGAGGAUACAACAGACGAAGUGAGUUAAAUAGAAGCGUGUAAAAAUGAUUGGAAUCAUCUUCUUGGUUCUUUCGGUAGUCACGUAGAAGGGAAAUAAUAAAAAUAAAACUUUUUAAAAUAAUUCUCACGACGUUUCGGCCACAACGCAAGCAGCCGUCCUCAGGUGACAGACCUGCUUGCGUUUUGGCCGAAACGUGAGAAUUUUAUUUUAGUAUGUUUUAUUUAUUUAUUGUUUUAUUAUUUCCCUUUUACGUGACUUUACCGAAAGAACCAAGAAGAUGAAUCCCUGCAGUCACGAAAACUUUAAAUCGAAAAUGAUUGGAAUCGUACAGAAAUGACAUAACACCCAAUUUCAAAGCAGAUGCGGUCCACCCUUCUGAAACGCCCUGUAAUUUACGAGUUUUGAAUAAUUGUAACCAAA